CGAACACGAAUUGUAACCCAACUAUUUGAAUUUAUUAUCCGCGCUUCCUUGCGAAAUCCCUAAGCCUAUAGGUAUAAUAAGGUCCCAAAUCUAUGAUAUAGGCUGUGGCGUGUUUCGAGGAAUUGUUAACUCAAAUUUUAACGUCAACUAAUCAUGAUAACUUCCAUUCAACCCUUCAUCCAAUACUUCCUUCGCCUUGGCAAACUUGCCAAGUUUAAUAUGCUUCCCUUAAUACACAAGAACAUACCACGCGGGCGUGUAUAUCUCGUUCUUUUGAGCCUCGCCUUGAUUGCUAUAGUAUUAGUAUUUCGAUCCCUUCAGACCACAGAUCAUGCUAAGCUGUUGCCACUGGCUGCCAUGUCGAAUAUCUCACCAAGAGACCUGGCAGCUAAUGGAACCCUUGGUUUUCAUAAGAUCCUAGCCCUAUCAACUGGACCGAGCUGGCGCACUCGAGGUCUUGACGCCGCCGCACAGCUUACCGGUCUACAGAUCACUAUACCACCUCAACCCCGCAACCCGCCGGAACUUAUCAGUGCGUUUGCUAGCAUUGGCAAAGAGCAAGGUGCAACUCUGCCACGUCUUGGGUCGGCUACGGCGUGGAUGGCACAUCUUGAUCUACUCAAAUACGUUGUCGCCUCGGAGCUAACAACUGCAUUUAUCGUAGAGGACGAUGUCGAUUGGGAUGUAAGGAUCAAAGAGCAAACAAAACUAAUAUCAGACAACGUCCGGCUUCAUACGGGGACGUCGGCCGAAGACACAACACCCUACGGCACCGAGUGGGAUGUCCUAUGGCUCGGGCAUUGCGGCUCGUUGAUUGCCGACGGGAUGCCGGAGCCGCGCUCAUACGGCGAUUAUUCCCGAUGCGAGACGGCUCUCUACUCGGGAUGGUCGAAGCAAUUUUUGCGUGAGAAGUUGGCGGAGAACCAUCGACUGGUGCAGACGUCUAUACAGACCGUGUGCACUUUUGGAUACGGUGUGACCAAGAGCAGCGCGCAGAAAGUCUUGAGUUUGGUGGGCACAGGGGCAGAUGAAGCUUUUGAUGUGAGUCUAUCGGCACACUGCCGAGCGGGUGAGUUGCGAUGCUUGGUGGUCAACCCCCAGGUAUUCAACCAUUACGAGCCACCGGCUGGGCAUGGCUACCUGAGCCACGUUCAUGUUGGCGACGGACAGGGGAAUGCGGCAUCCGAAAAGGCAGAAGCUGAGUUCGAACGCGAGAUGGGCACUACAGGCAACAUUAUGAAAAGUGCUCGGUGUGAAGCACUCUUCCACAAGACUUGUAUGAGACCUCCAUCGGAGAUAUGAUAGGACGAUAUAAUCAAAGGGGAGUGCAAGUACCUAUUCCGAUUCAAUUUCAGUUAGGUUGUCGUAAUGUGCUCUAUAUGGUGAAAUCUGGGUUUGACUUGUCUGAGGCAUAGUAAAAUGUCGUUUCUUGUAAACCUGGGUGAUCAAUUAAGGGGUCGUCAUAUCUAUU